AAGUUUAAAUCAACUGAAACGACGCCGUCUCGCAAUAUCUUCGCCGCCGCCGCAAAUCAGAUCUUCCCUCGCGUGCCGGCCGGCCUGUGCAUGCUCGCGCCGGAUCGCUUCCGUUCAGCAGCAGCACGACGGCGGACCGGAGCUUCGGCGGGGGAAUCGCGAGUAAGGUCGAAACCGCGAUCGAACAAAAGCGAUUCGUCGCCGGUUCCCGUCUGUUGAUUUGGAUCCUGAUUCCUUCACGCCGUCGCUAGGGUUCGUGAUCUGUACUCGUGUCCGGAAGUGGGUGCGGGACCCGAGAAUCGCGAUUUUUGGCGACGGGUCGUUUUGCUCGUUGAGCUCCCGGGGUCCCGAGAUGGCGGCCGAGCGGAAAGCCGCGGCGGGGGACGCGAGGAGCGAUUUGUUCGAGGACGACGACGAGUUCGAGGAGUUCGAGAUCGACGAAGAGUUUGAUGCUCAGGAAGAGGUAAAAGAAGCUACCCAGCAGUGGGAAGAUGAUUGGGAUGAUGACGAUGUGAACGAUGAUUUUUCUCUGCAGCUAAGGACAGAACUGGAAAGUGCUGCCAAGAGCUGAACAUUGACAUAGGAAUUCUUGAUUGUUGCUCCUAGUUUAAGGUGUUGGUUUAGUAAUCAUCGUCUACCUCGUUUCCCUCGCAAAACAAACUUUGUACCUUCACAUUGACAUAGGAAUUUAGCUCUUUUGCUGCUCGCUCCA